ACUUCCUCCAUACUUCCGGUUCCGUCCAGCAGCCAACAUGGCAGUCGUGGCGAGAUCGCAGGGAAGCGAGCGUGAGCUCAAAUUUAUCGAAAUCGGUCUCAGCGAACAGAGAGCCCGGGAAACGACCAAAAAUGAAAGCCUGUCCCAGUCCCUCUUCGACGCCAUCGUUUUGGCAGAGAGUCACUUGGGAGGACCGGUGCCAAAGACCACCGGCACGCUGCUGUACCACGUCGUAUCGAAGAUCAAGAGCCAGAUCAAACAAUACGAGCCACUGCUGGUGCAGUACGUCGCCCAGGGGAAGCUUGACUCCGAGGUCAAGCUCACCGCGGCCCUGGACUACCUGCUUUCGCACCCUCAGCCUCCAUUGGACGUCAAGGCGUUCGAGAAGUUCAGCGGCGUGGGUGUCUCCGUGACCCCCGACCAAAUCGAAAAAGCGGUGGAAGAGGUCAUUGCCAACCACAGGGAGGCGCUGAUUGAGAAGCGGUACCAGUUCAACGUGGGAACGCUGCUAGCGGAGGCUCGCAAAAAACUUCCCUUUGCGGAAGGGAAGUACGUAAAAAAUGAGGUGGACCUGCAAGUUCUGCAUCUUCUGGGGCCCAAAACAGACGACGACAUGCACAAGCCCCCGAAGGCCAAGAGCAAAGCUCCCAAGGGGCAUCGCCCGGUGUCGCCACGAGAGGCCUUCACAGAGGAGGUUCAUACAGCCAUCACGGCAUCGGAACCGGCGCCCGAGGCGGGUGCAAGCACCAUGGAAGAGCUGUUCAUGACCAAGGUGAACUUCCACGCUCCUGGGGAAAACCACAAGACGGAAGGUUACGUCGUGACCACUUCCACCAUGGCCCAUCUUAAGAAUCACCUCAAGGUGACCGGAGGGAAGGUUCGCACGCGGUUUCCGCCGGAGCCAAACGGCAUCCUGCACAUUGGGCACGCCAAGGCCAUCAAUGUCAAUUUCGGCUACGCCAAGGCCCAUGGGGGUUGCUGCUUCCUGCGGUACGACGACACCAACCCGGAGAAGGAGGAAGAGCGCUUCUUCGCGGGCAUUCAGGACAUGGUGCAGUGGCUCGGGUAUGUCCCUUUCAAGGUGACGCACGCCUCGGACUACUUUGACGACCUGUACGCCCUGGCGGUGCGGCUGAUUCAACGGGGGCUCGCGUAUGUCUGCCACCAGCGCCAGGAAGAGAUGAAGGGCCAGAACCCACCGCCCUCACCCUACCGGAACCGCACCAUUGAGGAAAACCUUAGGCUGUUUGAGGACAUGAAGAAGGGCAAGUUUGCCGAGGGCGAGGCCACCCUGAGGAUGAAGGUGACCCUGGAGGAAGGCAAACAGGACCCCGUGGCUUACAGGGUCCGCUUCGUGCCUCAUCACAGGACGGGCAACAAGUGGUGCAUCUACCCGACAUACGACUUCACCCACUGCCUAUGCGACUCGCUCGAGCACAUCACCCACUCACUCUGCACCAAAGAGUUCCAGUCGAGGCGGUCCUCGUACUAUUGGCUGUGCAACGCGGUGGACGUCUACUGUCCCGUGCAGUGGGAGUACGGCCGCCUCAACCUCAACUACACCGUGGUCUCCAAGCGCAAGAUUGGAAAGCUCAUCGAGGAAGGCGUGGUCAGGGACUGGGACGACCCACGGCUCUUCACGUUGACUGCGCUGCGACGUCGGGGCUUCCCGCCCGAAGCCAUCAACAACUUCUGCGCAAAGCUUGGCCUGACCGGGUCGCUCUCGUCGGUCGACCCCCAGAUGCUGGAAGCGUGUGUCAGGGACGUCCUCAACACUACUGCGCCCAGGGCCAUGUGCGUGGUGGAACCCCUCAGGGUUGUGAUCAACAACUUCCCCGAGCCAGGACAGAACGUCCCGAUCAAGGUCCCCGACUUCCCUGCCACGCCCGAACGAGGCUUCCACGUCGUCACCCUCUCCAACGUUGUGUACAUCGAGGAGGGCGACUUCAGAGAGGAUGGCGACAAGAGUUAUCGGCGGCUCACGCCAAAGCAGUCUGUUGGCCUGAGGCACACGGGGCUCGUCAUCACGGUCGACCGAGUGGUCAAGAUUGGUGGCAGGAUCCACGAGAUCCAUGUAACCUGCCAGCCUGCCGAGGAGGCGGAGAAGCCCCGUGCCUUCAUCCACUGGGUCUCCGACCCGCUCGUCUGCGAAGUCAGGCUCUACGGACGACUGUUCUUUCACAAAAACCCCGAGGAUUCCAACGAGGUGCACGGAGGAUUUUUGUCGGACUGUAACAAGGACGCCAUGGUGGUCUGCUCCAACUCCAUGGUGGACAAGUCGAUGAAGGGCUGCAACGUCCUCGACAAGUUCCAGUUCGAGCGGCUGGGUUAUUUCUGCGUGGACCAGGACACAACGCCGGAAAAGAUCGUGCUCAAUAGGACGGUGACCUUGAAAGAGGACUCUGGGAAAAACUGACUGAGAAGCCACUGCUCACUAGGCGCCUUCUUUUUUUUUUCCUCAAAGAGGGAGAACAAACGAGAAUUCUAUUUUUGAAUUUUUGUACCUCUCGUUGAAAUAUGAAGCUGCAACAUGUUGAAAGCU